AUGCUAAUUCCAUCGUCGGCAAAAUUAUCAUCAAUAUUUUGUUUUGUUCUCAGUUCAAGUUCAAAACACGAAAAAUCGUCCAUAGCCACAUUGUACACAUGGGCGAAACGUUGUGAUCGCUUCUAUUUUGUAACAAAAUUACAAAAUACAAGUGUUGACUUCAUGAUGUUAGAAAAUUUUCAAAAUAUAGAUAUGUUAGAAAACGAAACUGUUGAACGAACAUUUGAUGUUUUACCAACAAUCUCUAAAGAUUUUUCGUCUUAUUCAUGGUUUUUACGUGCUACUGAUGAAACAAUUGUUAUUAUGGAGAAUCUACGGAAAUUAGUUUCACGCUUAGAUAGUUACAGUAGUCAAUUGCCAAUUGCGUAUGCGGGUGAUGUAGAGAGAAUGUAUAAACAACAUCAAAUGAUAUCAAAUGGUGCGGCAAUACUAUUCAAUCGACAAGCACUAAAUCAAAUGAUUAUUGCCUUCGCAAAUGAAGAUAAUACUCAAGUUGAAAAAUGUAAAUAUGAUUCAAUUAAUGAUUAUGAAUUGAUACAAUGCUUAAAAAUGGUGGCCAAAAUACAAUUUGCCAAUGAUCUUGGAAUUGUCAAAGAUAAUUUAUUUUUAUCACAGACUAUUUUAACAUAUAAAUUAAAUGAACAGUUGCAGGUACGAAUAUCAAUUCUCCCAUAA